UUCAUCUCUAAGUGACCUCCACAAUAAUGAAGCAAAAAUCCACAGAUUCCCCUCAUGAUAAAUUCAAGUCUUCUUCCUCGAAUAACCUCUUCUUCCUUCUCCUUCUCCUCUUAACAAAUCUCAUCACCUUGUUCAUUUCCUCAUCCCUUUUCUCCUGUUCCUACAAGUCCCUCUCCACCACCGUCGAGGAAACCGCCACCAUAGCAUCCGACCUCCCGCCCGAAUUCCUUGCCUUCACAUCCGGACAAGCUCUCCCUUUCGGAUUCAACACCAACUUCGAUUCCGACACCAUUUACCCUCCAGCAGGCAAAGCAUGCACACUCUUCCCCGACGAACUCCGUCGCUACAUGUCAUACAAAGUCAACGGUUCGUGUCCUGACGACGAGCUCCUAGCCCAAAAGCUCCUCCUCAAGGGCUGCGAGCCCUUACCUCGGCGCCGGUGCCGCCCCGCCUCUCAACCGGAGUACACUGAACCCUACCCUCUCCCCAUCAGCCUAUGGACCACGCCGUCCGACUCUUCAGUCGUGUGGACAGCGUACACAUGCAAGAACUACAACUGCCUCGUCAACAGAAAACGAAACGAGAAAGGCUUCUCCGACUGCAAAGACUGCUUCGACCUCCAAGCAAACGAGAAGUCUCGCUGGGCAAGGUCUAAAGGAGGAGGCCUCGAUUUCAGCAUAGACGAAGUCUUGGCCACCAAGCCACGCGGCAGCAUACGAAUCGGCCUAGACGUCGGCGGCGGGGUGGCCACGUUCGCCGUGAGAAUGAGAGAGAGGAACAUAACGAUCGUAACGACGUCGAUGAACUUGAACGGCCCUUUCAACAACUUCAUAGCGUCGAGAGGUGUGGUUCCUCUCUACAUAAGCAUUUCACAGAGGCUGCCGUUCUACGACAACACUUUGGACAUCGUACACUCCAUGCACGUUCUCAGUAACUGGAUUCCGACGACAUUGCUUCAUUUUGCCUUCUUUGAUGUCUACAGAGUGCUUAGGCCUGGGGGGUUGUUCUGGCUCGACCAUUUUUUCUGUGUGGGUGAGCAGUUGGAGGAGAUUUAUGGACCAUUGAUCAAGAGCAUUGGAUUCAACAAGUUGAAGUGGGUUGUUGGGAGGAAGCUUGAUCGAGGCCCUGAGCUUAGGGAGAUGUACCUUUCGGCUUUGUUGGAGAAGCCAUUGAAGAACUCGUGGUGAUCCAUCAUAUAUACACUAAAUUAAUAACUAAUUUGGUUCGCUUUUGUCUUUCUUUUGACCAUUUUUUGUUUUUCCUAUAUGUUUGAUCGAUGAGGAAACUAUAAGAAUAUCAAACCCA